UUUUCUUCACUUUUUUUUUUUUUAAUACUUGAUUAUCUCUGUUGUCUUUUUAACUUUUUAUUUAUUUAUUUAUUAUCUAUAUAUAUUAUCAAUGACUGCUAUUAAUCAGUUUAUCAAUAAAUUCCUAUACAAACCAUAUCCUGAUCAUUAUCAACAACAACAACAUUUUCAAUAUGUUUAUGCAUCUGAUACUACGUCACCCAAUAUGAUGAUGGAUCAUCAUUAUCAAGAACAUCCUGGUCUUGUUACAGUCAAUAAUGAUUCCAAUGUUUCUUCUUGUUCAUCAUCAGUAUCACGCUCAUCAUUAUCAUCAACAUCAUCAUCUUCUUCUAUGUUAUUAUCUCCAUAUCAAACAGUUUCUGACAGUGAGACCUCUUCUUCUUGGCAAGGUUCUUGUGCUACAGAUUAUCUUCCUUUAUCAUCAUUUGAUCAACCACCUCAAUCAUCUCCAAACGAUAUCAUUGUAUAUUCUUCAGAAGAUUUCUGUGUCAGUGACUUACUUGAUCCUCAACCUCAACAACAUAUGCUUUCUCCUACUUUUACCAAUACAACCUAUGCCAUUCAACCUCAACAACAACAUUUAUCACCUAAUAGUGAAUAUUGGAUUUCACCAAUGACACCUUCAAUGGAAUCAAUGGAUGGAUAUAUGAUCAAUAUGAAUCAACAACAACAAUCUCCUUGUUUCUUUACCAAGCAAGAAGACGAUCCUUUGUUUAUGGCAAAUACUGGUACCAUCAUCACACCUCCAGAACCCCAAACAAGACAAUCCUUGAAGAAAAAGACAAAGAAGAUUCAUCAUUGUCCUCAUUGUCAUCAUACAAGCAAUCGUGCCAACAAUAUGAAAGAACAUAUUCUUACUCAUGAUCCUCAUCGACCCAAGUUAUUUGCCUGUAGCACUUGUCAAAAAUGUUUUGCCCGAAAACAUGAUAUGAAACGCCAUGCCAAGUCUCAUUUACGGGUGCCUCGACGACAAAAAUCAUCGCGCCACUAACAAACAAUAACAACAAUACAUUAUUUAUGAUACAUCAUUACACUACUUUGAAGGGCUGAAAUGAAAAACUAUAGAUGGAUGUUUGGAAAUAGAAAAGAGGCAGGAUAACCCUUUUUUACGUUGAUACUUUGAUUCUUUCUCUUUAUCUACUAUUGUGCAUAGUUUCAUUUUUUUUUAUAUAUACAUACACAGACACCACACACUCAUAAGCAUAUUAUAUAUAUAUUUCCUUCUUCUUUUUUUUUUUUUGUAAACAUUCGUUCUGAUUUUUUUUUUG